UGUGGAGGCGCCGCGGCCUCAUAUGCAAAUAUAGAUCCCCUGAUCGGUGACGUCACAUCACCCCACAGCACGCCAAGCCUUCCCAUUGGUCGGCGAGCCCUGGUCUCAUUGACAACAAAACAACCAGCACGCGCUAUUACAAGAGGAGUGGGCGGGGCUUUCAGAGCCUCCCAACCCUCACACCCUACCACACGCCUGGCGUCCAGGGAAGGAAAACCAAGCCUCGUUUUCAAUCAUCGUGCUUCGCCUAUGGUUUUAUGUGUCCGCGCAACGAGGCUAGGCACGCAAAGUGGAGGGGGAAAUGCUUCAGUUUGUCAGUAACCAGGUGGGAGAAUUUCCGGACCUGUUUGAGGAUCAGUUAUGUUCCACCUACCAAGGAAACGCUGCAAUGGACACCAGUUUACCCAAGACGUACAGCCAGCCCCAGCCUCAGACCUACCAGACCCCAGCACCACCGCCCCAGACCCCACAGGCUGUAGCACCUGUGAAGAGUUCAGUGCAGAGCGCCCCUCAGAGGAGCACACCCGUUCUUCAGCCUCGCCCUGUCAUCCAGUCCCCUCCACAACAUCAGCUGCAGCAGCAGACGGUGAUGCUGGCCCAAAAUUUUAGCACGGCCCCCCAGACUCGUUUUAUACAGCAACCACUCAUCUACCAAAAUGCCGGCACCACAAGUUUUCAAGUGCUGCAGCCCCAAGUUCAAAGUUUGAUGACCACACAGCAGAUGCAACCAGUGACCAUGCAGCAGGUACAGACAGUCCAAGCCCAGAGGGUACUCACACAGACCGCCAAUGGGACCAUUCAGACUCUUAGUCCUGCCACACAAGGAACAAUCCAGACGCUGACUCCAGCUACUGUCCAGGCUGUUACACCACAAGUGCAGCAAGUUCCAGUUCUGGUACAGCCUCAGAUAAUAAAGACCGAGUCCCUUGUCCUCACAGCACUAAAGGCAGACGGUAGUCCGGUCAUGACUGCGGUACAGAAUCCUGCCAUUACAACGCUCACUACUCCUCUACAGACCACUGCUCUGCAAAUGCCUACAUUGGUUGGAGGUGGUGGAACUAUUCUGACAACUAUGCCAGUCAUGAUGGGACAAGAAAAGAUGCCUAUAAAGCAGGUGCCUGGCAAUGUGAAACAGCCAGAGGUGCCCAAGGAGGGUGAAAGGAGAACAACACAUAACAUAAUCGAGAAAAGGUAUCGCUCAUCCAUCAAUGAUAAAAUCAUUGAACUGAAGGACUUGGUUAUGGGAACGGAUGCCAAGAUGCACAAGUCGGGGGUCUUAAAGAAAGCCAUAGACUACAUAAAAUACUUGCAACAAUCCAACCAGAAACUUCGGCAAGAAAAUAUGGCCCUCAAGCUGGCCAAUCAGAAGAACAAAUAUCUGAAGGGCAUUGAUCUGAGCAGCCUGGUGGACACCAGCAUGGAAAUGAAGAUGGAUGAAUUCAACCAAAAUAUUCUGAUGAUGUCUCCACCGGCAUCGGACUCUGGAUCUCCUGCUGUCUACUCUCCUUAUUCUGUGGAUUCAGAGCCAGGGAGUCCUUUGCUAGAUGAUGAAAAGGUGAAGGAUGAGCCUGACUCUCCAACAGGACUUGGGAUGAUGGAUCGCUCUAGGAUGCUUCUCUGUGCAAUGACAUUCCUUUGCUUAACAUUUAACCCUUUAACAUCUCUGCUGCAUUCAGAAAGUGACCAACAUUCAGAAAGAACUGUACAGCAUGGGACAAGUAGAACUAUGCUGGGUAUUGAAGUUUCAGGUCUUUCUGGUAGCUGGCUCGACUGGCUUAUCCCUACAUUGAUUCUAUGGCUUGUGAAUGGGGUGAUCGUCCUCAGUGUUUUUAUGAAGCUGCUGAUCCAUGGAGAGCCAGUGACACGGCUACACUCGCGUUCUUCCGUAAAGUUCUGGAGGCAUCGCAAACAGGCUGACUUGGAUCUUACUAGGGGAGACUUCGGAGCAGCAUCAGUGAAUUUACAGACUUGCUUGUGUGUAUUGGGCCGCUCUCUCCCUGCUUCUCGGUUUGACCUUGCAUGUAGCCUAUCCUGGAACGUUAUACGUUGUAGCCUUCAAAAGAUCAGUCUGGUACGAUGGUUACUCAAACGUACUCCGGGCCACUGUAAGAAAGCAGAAUUUCAUGAUGAAGCCACAACCAGUGCUCGGGAUGCUGCCCUUGUGUAUCAUAAGUUGCACCAGCUCCAUUUGACAGGAAAGCUGCCAUCAAGUUGGAAUUGUUCAGGCCUCAAUCUCUCACUAUGUGCAGUAAAUCUAGCAGAGUGUGCUGGGGACAAGAUCUCACCAACCUUACUAGCAGAAAUCCAUCUAACCACAGCUGUACAGAUGAAGGUCACCUUCUCGAGGAGAUUCUCUUUCCUGUCUGCAUAUUUCUUGGGGUGUGCCCAAAGUAGCAGCUCUUCCAGUGACUCAGAGUCUCUACCAGAAUCCUUACGCUGGCUGACGCACCCUCUGGGUAAACACUUCUUCAUCAAUUCCAACUGGACUGUGAAGACUGCAUCAAAAGAAUCCAUAUACAGCUCUUCAAGAAACCCAGCUGACCCCAUUGCUCAAAUCCAUCGGGCAUUUUGUGAAUCUUUGCUGGAGAAAGCAUUGUAUGCGCUUGCAAAACCAGAAGCUCCCAAAAUGUCACUGGAAGAAGAAAGCUGCGAGUUUUCCAAAGCUCAACAAUAUCUGAAACUAUUAAACGUGUUUGCGGAUUCAGUAAGCGGCGUCACCUUCCUUCCCAUCAGAGGUUCUUCCACCAUGUUGACCUCUACUAGUACAGAUCCCAUCUGUCGCUGGUGGUACUCUGUCACUUCAAUGGCUGUAGGAUGGCUACAGGGUGAUGAUACGGUAGUGAAAUCCCAUUAUUUGGAUGUGGAGAGGAUACCCAAGCUGCUGGAUGCAGAGAACCCCUUAGUGAAAGCAGUCACUCACAUGUGCAGAGCCUUGCAAAUGUCUUUGUCUGGAAAGACUGACAGUGCACAGAAUUCAUUCAGUCAUUGUGAGAAAGCCAGCGCCUUUUUGUGGAAUAGUCUGAACAUGAACAGCCCCUGCAAUAAUGAUCUCAACAAGGUAGUACAGCUGCUUAUCUGUGACCUCCUGCUUUCAAUGAGAACUUCAUUGUGGCAGAAACAGGCCUGCUCCACCCAGACAUCAGGAGAACCGGUUCAUGCGUCAAAAUCGGUGUUAACUGGGUUUCAGAGGGACCUCAGCAGUCUACGGAGAUUGGCCCUCACCUUCAAACCUGCACAGUGCAAAUUGUUCCUGCAUGAAGCCACAGUUCGUCUUAUGGCUGGAGCAAGUCCCACCCGUACCCAUCAGUUACUGCAGCACAGUCUUCAGAAACGGCCUCCCAAUACCAAUAAGCCAGGUGACAUGGAAUCAUUACCAGGACAGAGGGAGAGAGCCACAGCCAUUCUCCUGGCAUGCCGCCACCUUCCCCUGUCAUUUUUAUCUUCUCCUGGCCAGAGAGUCGUCAUGUUGGCUGAAGCAGCACGGACUCUGGAGAAGGUGGGCGACAGGCGCUCUUAUCAUGAUUGCCAGCAGAUGAUGGUUAAGCUUAGUGGGGGCACUGCCAUGGCGGCAUCUUGAGGCCCAUUGUUUUCUUUUGGCCUCAACUACUGAACAUGAUCCAGAAAUAAAUACUGGCCUUUCUGAUAAGCGUGUUCAAGCCCUUCAAGCAUUUUUAUAAACCAAAUAGAAAUAAAAAUACUCUGAGAACCGUCUCGGUAAGAAAAAUGUUCUACAUGAAGGGACUAUUAUCGGAAGAGAUGCCUGGAUGGACCGCUGCAUCAUCAGAUACAUUAUUCCUGCAGUUUUUGUGUUCUAUGUAUUAUGUCCUCCCACAUUCAUACAAUCCGCUCUCUUUUAUUUGUAGCCAGUAGCACUUAUGAAGGCAGCCCUGGCUGACAGUACAACACAUAUUAGAAGCUUGGUUUAUAAGAAUUCCUCUACAAUUCAAACGUUAGUGGAACUAGAUAAGCAGGUUGGGAAAUAUGUUCCCAAAUAUUCUUAUUUACUAGUUUGCGCUCUUCAGGUGACCUGAAGACACAAACAUUGGCGCUCAUUGGCGUUCCUGAGGUAUCACGGGUUAAAUGUUCAUUGAAUUAGCGACCAUACUCCUAAAAGUUAGGGACUUUUUUUUUUUCCUUACUGGAUGGUGACAAAGCCAGCAGACUUCCCUUACCCACCAGCCAUAGGUUCACCUUAAAGAGUACCUGUCAUCAAACAAUAUUUUCUAAACUAGCUCAGUUUAUAUUCCCUAACUACUCCUAACACCCCUCCGGCCCUUAAAAAAAUAAAAUGUUCCAAGCUUUAAAAAGCUCUGUAUUAUACCUUUUCCCUUUGCCCACAUUGUGUGAGCUCCCGGCAGGAGAAAGUGGGCAUUCCCUAGCAGACACAACGUCACUGAGGCCUGCGAGAGCUGUGCCUCACCAUGCCCCACAUGCACUUCCGGAGUUUGAACUUCUGCAAGUCCAAGUGGAGACCAAACUCACUGUUUGACUUGUGUCAGGGAACAGAACAGAGCCUCCUAGUGGCCAUUUUUUCAAUCACAUUAAAAACACAUAGGCGAUUUAUCAAGCUCUGUAGUAGAUUUUUUUUGCUUAAAAAAAUGUUGCAUGUACUUGCGCACAUGCAACUUUUCUAUACAUGCUGCGACUUUUUGAUUCUUGCUUAUUCCAAAGCACAUUUCUGAAAUCUGCUCAUGUAGUAUUUUUUUUUUUUUUUUUUUUUUUUUUUUACUUUGCAGUGGUCAUGUAUUUAUCAAAUGCGAUAGUCGCUAUUUAUGAAGGAAAAAAAGUUGCAUCUCCAUUUAAAAGUCACAUAUGUAUUCCAGGUCCAGCCUGGCUUACAGAAAGUGCAUACAUCAGGAGAUUAAAGGGGUUAUCCACCAUAAGGUGGUUUUAGUACGUACCUGCCAGACAGUAAUGGACAUGCUUAGGAAGGAUCUGUGCUUGUCUUGGGGCUAAAUGGCUAUGUUGUGAGAUUACCAUAACACUGUGGGUAGCUUUUUGUGAACUGGUAUUUCCUGCCUUUUUUUUCUUUUUUGCCUAUAAAUCCCAUAAUUCCAUUUUCCUCCCUCCCACACAUCCACCCCACCCAUUGAAUCAUAAAUGAGCUGCAUCCACUCAAGUCCUGUGGUUGUCAAUCAGGGUGCCUACAGCUGUUUUAUUAGUUGCAGAUUGAUCUCUCUCCCACCAAGCGAUCGUUCCACCCAUUGAAGCAGAAAGGCUCCCUGUCAUCAGCUGACUAGCGAGUCAGGUCUUGGCCACAUUGCAACCUGGGAAAAUUCUGAGACAACAGUAAUUUUGUAUGCUGUUAAAAAGAAAUAUUGGGGUGAAAUUCACAGAAGAAUUGUGAGAAAACCAUCACACACAAGUACAGACACUAUAUUAUGAACUACACUAACUUUACAGCCCCUGUAGCAUAGUCAAAUAAAAAAAAAAUCCUGGAAUACCCCUUUAACACCCACUUUAACAACUGUUCUUGUUCUGCAUCAUGAAACAAAGCUACUACAUUAAUAUUAAUAGAAAAAAUUAUGUAACUAAUCUAUUAAUUUUAAGGUUGAAAAUACACAAUGCACACCUGGUUAAUUUUAGGACAUGUACAUUCUGGCAUACCCACUACAUUUUAAAAUUAAUAUUGUGUUAAAAUAGAAUAAGGCACAAAAUAAUUAUGUAAGAAUUUUUACAGACUACAUAAAUAACCCAUAUGUGGCACUACAAUUUUUCCAUCCAUAGUAAUACAGCUUCAUGCACAUUUUGGGGUGGGUAACAUAUAAAACAGUUUUUUAUAUUUUUGUGGCUUCACUAUUGUUUAUGUGCCUGUUAGGUGCUGCGCUUUCUUCCUUCCUGACGUAAACUCAGGCCUCAGUGUAGCUAUGCAAGACUCCGCCCACCAAUGUUACAAAAUGCGGGCCCAAAAUUAAACAAAAAGUCUCCAGAGUCAUGGUGCGGCAUAGUAUGUUUUUAAUAUUUUUUAAUUCCAGAGGAGGGUGGAUGGGUUGUUGCGGAAGAGUUGGAAUGCAGCUAUUUAGUGCCAGGAAGGCCAGUCAGGAUGUCACCCGAUGCGGUACGCCCCCCUCCCCGUCACACUCUAGCAACGCUACUGGUAAUAAAGGGUAGAUAACAUAAGGGAAAACUUUUCUGCUUUUGUAAAUGGGUUUCCCGGGCUUACGUGUGAUUUUAUUUGUCAAGGUCGUGCAACUAUUUGUAAAUAGGUUGCAUGUAAGCAAAAGUAAGUAAAAAAAAUUAUCAUAUAAAAGCCAUAGGUUUGAAAAGAAUGAUAAAUCUCCUUCAUGAACGUUGAGAAUUUUAACAGCAAGGAAAUAGCAAAUUGUCUCAAAAUAACAUAAGGAACAAUAUAUUAAAAGUUUCGUUUGGUGACAGGUACUCUUUAAAUCUUGGUUUUCAUGGCAUACUAUUAUUACUGUAUAUAGUAAAAAUGCGGAGGCUUAACAAACAACUGGUUUGCAUAGUAUCAUUUUCUUCAUAGCCUUCCCCAUAUGAGCAAGAGCCUGGUGGAAGUGCAUUGUAUGACUUUUUUUAUUUUGUAGCUUCUCCAGGCAUAUCCCUUUUUAAACUUGCAUUUUGGAUCCGACUUUUUUCUGGAAGACCGUAAAAUGCUCUUUUCAUUUUAAGUGUUCUGAAAAAUAAAGCAUACAUAGGCUAUAGAAUCCUAAGGAUAUGUUCACACAAUGUAUACAAUCCUUUCUUUUAAAAGGGAAAAAAAAAAAGUUUCCGAUAAACCGCAAUAAACUCUAUGGCUAAUCCGCGAGUAUGCCAUGGUAUACAUUUAAAUACCUUUUUGCUAAUAUUCUGACAUGUUAAACUCUCUCCACAGUUCAGUGUUUGAAUAAAAAUAUUAUAAUACUAGCUUUUGCCCGCGGCUUCGCUCGCGUUAGAUUUGGGGUAACAUAAAUCUACUUUCCUAUAGUAAUGAGGCCGCUCUGGGUAAAGUAUACAGGCAUCCAAAUAACCUGAAUUCUUUCAACUUUGAUUACCACGCCUAAAGAGUUAAUGCCGGAGUGGCGAUGUCCGGCAUUAGCCACGGGUCCUGGCUGCGGAUAGCAGCCGGGACCGUGCGGGUAUGAUGAGAGCUCAGCUCCUGAGCUCACUUCAUAACCCUCCCGUGAGGCAGCGCCGGGUAUACCCAGCAUUCUGCGGCAAGGGGUUAAUUUAUACAAACUUUUAGGGGUGGAAUUUUAGAAAACGUUAAAACACGUGUUUCUUUAUCUCUAAUUGUUAGCCUAAAAACAAAGUUUCAUGCUUUUAGCUUAAAAAAUGAUGGACUUCCAUACAAACUUUCAACCCCUUUUUCACUCCCAUAAGGGUUGAAUCCUUUCUUAUUCCUCGUCUCCGUCUUAAAAACAACACCUGUGAAAAAAUUCAGCUUUUUAGGUCCAAGGGUUUAGGCUGGGCGUUGAUGAGUCAGUGAGUCAGGCCUUCUCUUAUAUAUAUAUAACUUUCCGCCCUUAAAUGCCAAGAAAAGUGACACUUAAUAGACCAGUCUUUCCCAGUGAGGGUGCCCCCAGCUGUUGCAAAA